AAAGACUCUAGCAAAUAGCGUAUGUGAUGCAAAAUUCAAAGCAAGGAACUUGCGACUUCCAUAACCCCACGAAUCCUAUGUGCAGACCAUAACAUUGAAGUCUUUCAAAUAUCUCCACAAGACCACCAGCAUGAUUUAGGGCCACUAGUUUCAUGUUUUGAGCUCGUAUAUAUCGCCUUUCAAGCCAUGCUGGUGUUGGUUUCUCUUAGCCACCCUUGAUGUCUAUCCUUCCCCAGCACAACCACUACCUCACAAGGUCCCCAGCCCAUAAUCCAUGGCACCGCAAGCGUAUCAUCUGCUCAGCCACUACCACCCCUACCAAGCCUAAGCCAAGCCCUAACCAGUUAACCUUUGAGCCACAGUUUGUAACCCCACCAAACCUAGUCACCUCUAUUAGCACCCCUCCCGUGCUCAAUGACCCAAGCUUGCAGUCAACUUGGUCUCACCGAACAUGGGUAGCAACCGGGUGCACCACGGUGCUGGUUUCUCUAGCUAAGGCCAUUGCCGGUGCAGGUCAUUCUCAUAUCUGGCUUGAGCCCAUGUUAGCAGGCUAUAUUGGGUACAUUUUAGCUGACCUUGGAUCUGGGGUUUACCAUUGGGGUAUUGACAACUAUGGUGAUGGAUCAACACCGAUUUUUGGCAAUCAAAUUGAAGCAUUUCAAGGUCAUCAUAAGUGGCCAUGGACAAUAACUAGGCGUCAGUUUGCUAAUAACUUGCAUGCUCUUGCACGAACAGUAGCAUUCUUUGUGCUUCCUGUAGACUUGGUUUGUAAUGAUCCCACUGUAAAUGCCCUUGUUGGUGUGUGCUCCGGUUGUAUCAUGUUUAGCCAGCAAUUUCACGCGUGGGCUCAUGGCACAAAGAGCAAGUUACCCCCCAUAGUAGUAGCAUUGCAGGAUGUUGGAUUGCUUGUGUCAAGGUCACAACAUGGUGCUCAUCAUCGGCAACCAUAUAACAACAAUUAUUGCAUAGUGAGUGGAGUUUGGAAUGAAUUCUUGGAUAAGAAUAAGGUUUUUGAGGCAUUAGAGAUGGCCUUGUAUUUUAAGCUUGGGGUAAGACCAAGGUCCUGGAGUGAACCUACCACUGACUGGACUGAAGAGACUGAGACCGCUUCUCAGGUUGCAGUCCAAUAAUUCUGUCAAGCACAUAUGUUUUGGUUCGAAUUCAAGAUGUGUUGUAAAUGCAUUGAAAUUUUUAGCAAAAUUUAAGAGGCACACUCAGUCAUAAGAUUGUUUUCUGUAAUUCCUUGCAUGUUUCGAUAAUCUCAGUAUACAAUUUAUAGUUAA